AUGCUCGCGUCGUUAGCACGAGCCCUCGUUGCUUUCUUAGCAACAACGCACUUAGUCUCGGGUUCGAGUAGCAGCGAGCAGAAUCAAUUCGAGCAGGUGCAAUGGGAUGAUGACAACUGGACGAUCCACACUCAUUCCUUAGAUCAAGGUCAUUACCAGUCACGUUUGACUCUUGCCAAUGGAUAUUUUGGAAUCAAUGUCGCCUCAGCUGGGCCAUUCUUUGAAGCCGACGAGCCGGUAGACGGUAAUGUCAUUAGCGGCUGGCCUCUUUUCAGUCGCAGACAGACAUUCUCUACAAUCGCCGGCUUUUGGAACAGCCAGGCUCGAACGAAUGGCACGAAUUAUCCCUGGCUGUACCAGUACGGCUGGGAGAGCUUCGUUGCUGGCAUCCCACAUUGGAGUGGGCUCCAGAUCGAAGCGAAUGGAGAGCUGCUGAACGCUUCAGUCAAUCCGGACCACAUCACAGACUUCGUUUCAAGUCUCAAUGUCAAGGCUGGUAUCGCCAGUUGGCGGUACAAUUGGAAGCCGAGCGAUGGAUCGGCUGUUAUCGAUGUGGACUAUCAGCUUUUUGUGCACAAGCUCUUCGUAAACAAUGCGGCCGUUCGAUUGCGGCUCAUAGCGACCCGCGAUGUCAAUGUCACUGUGUACGAUGUGUUAGACGGCGACUGUGCCGUUCGAUCCGAUUUCAUUGCCAAGAAUUACGAGGAAGACUCAGCAACAAUCUGGUCUGCUGUCCAGCCAGGCAACAUCACCAAUGUUACGGCUUACGUCUAUUCAACAUUGAAUGGUAGCGACUGGGUGGAUUUUGAUACGCGUUCGCAAGUUCCGGAAGGCUUCUUCAGCAGCGGCAACGGUUCGUCUAUUGCACAGUCUGUGCGGCUGGGAUUGACAGCCUGGAAGCCGACUGAGCUCACCAAGUUCGUUGGUGUCGCAUCGACAGACGCCUUCCCCGAUCCUCAAGCUGUUGCAAAGAAUGCCUCGCAGUCGGGCUCAGAAGAGGGCUACUAUUCGUUGCUGCAUUCGCACAUCAAAGAAUGGGAGUCUAUCCUGACACCCGACUCGGUUGAUGACUAUUACCUCCAGAACGGAUCUCUUCCCGCAGACCCAAACAUUCAGGAGCUUCACAUCCUGGCCCGAACGAAUCCAUUCUACCUACUAUCCAACAUGAUUGGCCCUAACGCUAUAGCGGCAGCUGACAACAAUACAAAGCUGAACAUUAACAGUGUCCCAGUCUGCGGACUCGGAUCCGACUGUUAUGGAGGUAUGAUCUUUUGGGACGCCGAUGUGUGGAUAGCACCAGGCUUGCAAGUGUCUCACCCGCAACACGCACAAAAUGUCAUCAACUACAGGGUUGAACACUUCGGGCAAGCGCAGAGAAAUGUUGAGACUGCGUAUACAUCUAGUAAGAAUCAGACAGGAAGGUUUACACCAGGCGGUGCAGUGUAUCCUUGGACAAGUGGUCGAUUCGGGAACUGCACAGGUACUGGGGCAUGCUUCGACUACGAGUACCAUCUUAAUGGCGAUAUCAGUCUGGCGUUCAACAACCACAUGAUCAUCACGGGCGAUGAAGAGUUCUUCAAGGAUACUCUGUUACCUAUCUCAAAUGCUAUUGCACACUUUUUUGGGCAAGUGCUCGAUUUCAACGAGACUUCGGGUGCAUUCGAACUUUGGAAUGCGACGGAUCCUGACGAGUACGCCAACCAAGUCAACAACGCGGGCUACACGACUGCGCUGAUUAAGCGUCAUUUCCUCGAGACCAACGAGUUCAACGAAUGGUUCGGGCUCAGUUCCAAUGUUAGCUGGACGGACAAAGCCGCAAGAAUACGCCUACCUGUCAACGAAAACGCCGGCAUCAUUGUGGAGUAUGCAGGUAUGAAUGGCUCAGUUCAAGUCAAGCAGGCAGACGUUGUGUUGAUCGACGAUCUCCUUCACUAUCCGAACUCAUACAGCUUGUCCAACCUCGAUUACUACGCCGCGAAGCAAUCUCUUGACGGCCCAGCCAUGACAUACUCAUCGUUCGCUGUGGUCGCGAAUGAGGUUUCGCCCUCUGGAUGUUCCAGCUUUACCUACAACAUGUACUCGGCUUCGCCAUACGUGCGAGCGCCCUGGUAUCAGUAUUCGGAGCAGCUAAUCGACAACAUUGAAGAGAAUGGUGGUACGCAUCCUGCAUUUCCUUUCCUCACUGGCAUGGGGGGCACGAAUCGUGUAGCGAUCUUCGGAUACUUAGGUCUCGGGCUGUACUACGACCGGCUGGAUAUCGACCCCUCUUUGCCUCCGCAAAUUGAGCGCUUAGACUACCGGACAUUUUACUGGAUGGGCCACGGGAUCAAUGCUACUUCGAACACUACUCACACGAUUCUUGCACGCCUACCUCGAGAUCAACACACGCUCCCUACAGCAAAUGCGACAUAUUUCGACAAGCCCAUCCCAGUCACUGUUGGUACCCGCAGUGGCCGCAACAGCACCGUCUUAGAGCUUGGCGACGAGCCUCUGGUCAUUCGCAACCGACCUAUGGGCGAGACUCUUACUGUCACGGGCAACUUGUUGCAGUGCGGCACCUUGCUGCCACCUCCUCAAGCGAACAAGCCUGGUCAGUUCCCUAUAGCAGCAAUUGACGGUGCAGCAAGCACCAAGUGGCAACCUGAGGCGUCCAAUGCUACCAGCUAUCUCACUGUCGAUCUCGGUGGCUCGUCGUUCUACCCAAUCAACAAGAUCGCAAUGGACUGGGGCGAGCAGCCCCCAUCGCACUUCGAGAUAUUUUUUACGAACUCAUCGCUACCGACAUUGUCGGCGCAACCAUUCAGUGCAGACGUGAGAAACGUAACAGCAGGCAAGGUGGAGAUCAGCGCGCCUUGGGAUCCUGUGACAGCAUAUGAGAUUAAGACGUACGUGGGCAACCAGACAAACAUCACUUUGAGCGAAUGCGUCUGGAGUGGACGCUAUGCGCACCUGGGUGUGAAGGGCAACCAGUAUAGCGACAAUGCGACUGCGGGAGGAACUGUAGCUGAGUGGAACCUCAUUCGCGAGGUGUAG